UAGAUACAAAUGUGAUUUUAAAAAUGGAGGUUUAAAAUUUAUUUUUAUCAAAAUAGAUAUCAAAAUUUGAAUAAGGAGGUAUCCUCAUCAGCCGCAGCUCGCGACAGAUCCAUUUCUCUGCUCUUCUUUAUUAGGUUGCAGUUCACUGGAACACACAACAACACAGCGAGAGAAAAGUAACGAAUGUCGGGAACAGAGGAAGAAAGCGCGGUGAAGGAGCCUUUGGAUCUCAUAAGGCUCAGUCUCGACGAACGUAUCUAUGUCAAACUUCGUUCUGAUAGAGAGCUUCGUGGAAAACUUCAUGCUUAUGACCAGCAUCUUAAUAUGAUUCUUGGUGAUGUUGAGGAAAUUGUUACCACUGUUGAAAUUGAUGAUGAGACUUAUGAAGAAAUUGUCAGGACUACAAAGCGGACAGUUCCAUUCCUAUUUGUCAGGGGAGAUGGGGUGAUAUUGGUUUCCCCACCACUGAGGACUGCAUAACAUGGACUGAUGAUGAACUAUGUAAUCAUUUUCAUGACAACUAUCACAAAAACUGUAUAUCUUCUUAACUAGUGAUCUCAUUGCUUAUGAUUAGAAUGCCUUCAAUUGGCAUGUUUGCUGGUGUUUUCUGCAAAACAUUCAAUUUUUCUGUUUUCUUUUUAUCAUGGGAAUGAGAAUCAUGGAAUGCUCUUGAUCGCAGCUUGGAGCUUCUGUCACAUAUUAGUGUCUCCAAGAUAAUGCCAAUGAUUCUUGAUUUAGUGUA